CGUUUACUGAUGCAAGCUUAAAUAUAUUAGACCUUUCAUGACGUAAGACUGAAGCUUACUCAUGUGUGUAAUAUAACAAGUGUUUUCUUCUUAGACAAUACCGCUAAAGGGACAAAACAUGUUUUACAUCAGCAUAUUAUUACAGCUGCUUCUAUCAGCUGCUGUGGCUUCAGUGUCAGUUUCAUACAACCCUAAAAGCAUAUGUGUACUGGAAAGAUCAUCUGUGGAUUUCAAAUGCACCUUUGAUUAUCCGUAUUAUUCUACACUUGAAACAACAAAAUGGUUCAAGCCAGAAGCUGAUCAGAAACAAGACGGAACACAGGUUGGAAUAUCUGUCUAUCACUCAAAUACAGCAGAGAUUCACCAGCUGUACAAGAACAGAACAGCUUAUGCAAACCAAGACAGAAACUGCUCACUGCAGUUACACAAUGUCUCCAAAAAUGACAACGGAAUGUAUUUCUUUCGCUUUGAAUAUUCCUAUCGUGGAAAAUACACUGGACUAGGUGGCAUACACCUCAGCGUAGCAGUUCUACCUUUUAGAGUAACAGUGAAAACACAAAAGGAGAAUGGACACAUCCAUGAAGGAGACUCUGUGACAUUGACAUGCGGCACAGAAAACUGCACCCCAAAACAAAAGCUGUUUGCCUGGUUUAAAAAUCAACGUCUGAUUCCAGAAGCCACUGACAUUGAGUUCCGCAUCUCUUCUGUCUCUCACCAUGAUUUUGGCAACUACUCCUGCGCUCUGAAGAACAGCAGCUCAACUUCAGCAGAUGAAAUAUUGCUUGACAUAAAAUAUAGUCCAAAGAACGUUGAAAUAGCUGUUUUGCCAUCUGGAAAGAUACGAGAAGGAAACUCACUGACUCUGAUCUGUAUGAGUAAUGCCAAUCCUUCAGUGACAAACUACAGCUGGUUUCUGAUCAAAGAAGCAAAUGUCUCUCAUAUAGGAUUUCAUCGUGAAUUCUUCAUCAAAGCUGCCAGCCAGAAGGAUGAUGGACAAUACUUCUGCAUUGCUAAAAAUGACAUAAAAACUAAAAAC